GUGAUGCCAGAGGGGAGGACCAGGGCCAGGAGUAUGUCCCGGAGCAGAUGAACUGGCCCAAUGCCCAGGGAGGCUGGGUGGGAGCCGGCGCAGGGAAGGGCGAAGCCUGGGUGUCCGGGCACCCACAGCCAUGCUGUGUCAGCAGUGGACGUGCAGGUGGGCUCAGCCCUGGGCCCUGCUCCUGCUUCUCUUAGGUCCCCAGCUCGUGGUGACUCACAGCUGGCAGCCCCAAGGGGAAGGGAAUGGUGAAGACCAGGCAACCUUGGAGCUUUACUUCCCUGCCACCGUGGAGUACGCCGUACAUGUGUUCAACCAGAGGAGCCAGGACAGCAAUGCCUACAAGGUGGUGCAAAUCCUGAGGUCGUGGAAGGAGCCGGCAAAUGGCAUCGUGUUCUCCACGGAGCUGCAGCUCGGCCGAACCAGGUGUGGGAAAUUUGACGAAGACAUUGACAACUGUCCGUUUCAAGCAAGUCCAGACGUGAACAAUACCAUCACCUGCUUCUUUACAAUCGACACUGAACCCUGGAGAACGAAGUUUCAACUCCUGAACAACACCUGCUCGGAGGGCUCUGCUGAAUGAGACCACACCCUGCCGUGGCCCUUCAGUGGCUGAGCAGCUCUGGUUCUGUCCUCUGUAUGAGCAGGUGUCUGGGUGUCACAUCCGGGCAAUGUGGACAUUCCUCCCUGUCAUUUCCUCCUGUAGAAUUGGUCAUUAAACGUCAGCACUGCAAGCAGCUUUGUGCCACCUGGUUCCAGAGGUUGGGUGCUGGGCAGCUGAGGCUGUCCUGCCAGCAGGGCAGCCGGCUGAGCCCAGGGGCUGGGUCUCUCCUCCGUGGACACCUGAGCCAGCCGCAGGUGCCACAAGAGCCCUGGGCAGGGAGAUUUCUGUGGAAAUCCAUGGAUGGACAUUCUCAACGCAUCUUCAGAGCCUUGCAGAAACUACCUACCAGCCUGAAGCGGUGGAGGGGUGGGUCUUCCUAUUAGUUCCACACAAAGAGCUGUCAGCGAAAAGUAACUUGUGCCGAGUUUGGUGAAAUACGGAAACAGGUUCGUGUUCUCUUCCAUUCAUUGGGAGCAGACUGCUCCUGCUGGUAAAUGAGUUGACCGAGCAGAAGACACUACACAGCCCGGAACCACAUUCUCAGCCUCCACGCCUGAAGAAUGCACAAAAAAGCAAGAAGGCUACAAAAUGAAGUCGAUAGGUCAGAUGUGUUAUUUAAAUGUUUUGGGAGUGUCUUUGCUUCUUUAAAUGCUCAUGAGAGCGGCAGAAUGUGCUAGAAGACCAUUAGACAGGCUGACAUUCUUUCUUCAGCAUAUUGAGUUCAAAGUUCCAGGGUUUGGAUGCCACAAUAAAGGUGCAAUGAAACAUCUAAAAGAGACAAAAACAAUAACCAGCUUGUAAGAACAAUUGCAAAAAGCAAAAGUCAAAAAGCCCCAGAAGUUCCUGUUUCCAGGUACCAGGAUUUGGCUUCAAGAGGGACAAAAGGCCGCCUGAGCCAGCCACGCCUCUACAGAUCCCCAAGCUGUUCGCCCAAUGGCAGAGCAGCCAGCCUCAUGACUGGGAUGGACCCCCAUCGGUUCACCUCCCUGAGAGCUGAAGCCAUCACGGUUGUGGCUUCGUUUGCUCCAUGUGGGCAAGAGUUGGAGCCCAGGACCAAUUAUCCUCAAGAAACCCUAGUGUCCAGCUCUGGCCCUUCUCCAGACACGCCAACUUCCUGCGGCCCAUGGAGACCCCACGCGGCGUGGAGGGCCCAGUGGGUCCUUCCCAGGGUAUACAGCACCACAAGAAUAGCCAGGGUCCUGCAUGCCUUGGAAAGCGGUGUCAGAGUCUGGCCAGAUUCCACCAGGGAAAGCUUGCAGCUGGGGAGCUGGGAGGAGACACAGGGCCUGCAGAGGGAGCGGGGCUCCAGGCUCCUGGGGUGGAUGAGGUCACUGUGUCCCUCCUCUCACCUAAAAUCUUUAUUCAGUUAGAAGAAAAAUAUAAAGUACAAAUAGCUCUUUAUGGCAACACCCAGUAGAAGUGAAGUUGCAUAAGAUACACAGACUGAGGGGUCAAGUUGAGGGGGAAAUAGGACCAAGUGACCAGUAACCCAGACAGACCACAGAGGAACUGAGGCCAGGUCAGCGGGGUGUCCAGGC